AUGUUUUCUCCCAGAGAGGGCUUCUUGCUGCAUCUUGAAGUUUUUAAUGGAGAGGACACAGAAUCAGUGAGUAACCGGUUGAGUGCUACGGUGGCGGACCUGCAUACGGUGAAGAAGGCAAUGGAAGAGACGGACACCCGAGCUCAAGCUGAGAAGGCCCUCUUUGAGGAAAAGACAGCCUCUUUUGAGCAGCGAAUCAGUCAGUUGAGUCAGCGACUAGACGGUUUGCUCAAACAGUAUCAG